CCACGCACAGCACACGGCCGCGACGCGAUGAACGGACUGAAGGAUGGCGCGCUGGACGGCGCAGUGAAGCGCGCCGUGCCGCCUCUGGAGAAGCUGGACUCUCGGCGCAGCCUGCGCAGCAUCCCCGGCGUCAGCGUCAAUCACUCCGUGUCGCACUUCUCAGAGUACUGCCGCAACACCAGCAUACACGGCCUGCGCUACGUCGGCGAGAUCGGCCGCCCCGCUGCCGAGAGAUUUCUGUGGCUGAUGCUGUUCGGCCUGAGCCUGGGGGUGUGCAGCAAGCUGAUCAACAACGUGUGGAUCAAGUGGGACCGAUCCCCCGUCAUCGUGACGUUCGCAGAGUCCUCGACGCCCGUGUGGCAAGUUCCGUUCCCGGCGGUCACUAUCUGCAGUGAGACCAAGUCGCGCCAGAGCAUCUUCAACUUCACCGACGCCUACAACAAUGAAGCCAACCUCACGGAGGAAGAGCAGAGAAUGUACUCGGACGUAUCCCUGGUGUGCGACGCUCACGUCUACAACAAAGGAGACUUGUUCACCAACUACAGCACCGUCGAGUUUCUCAAGGAGGUAGCUCCGCCCUUUGAUGAGAUGAUGUUCAUCGUCAAGUGGAAGAACCGUGUGGUGAACGCUUCCGACCUCUUCAAACCUCUGAUUACUGAAGAAGGACUCUGUUACUCAUUCAAUAUGCUGGACGCCGAGGACUUCUUCACCGAGGAAACCAUCCAGCGCCAGGAGGGGAACCUGCAGUAUGGGUACCCGGCGCACAGCUGGACGCUGGAGGACGGAUAUACAGCGGACUCCGGAUAUGACACGUAUCCAGAGCGGGCACUGGGCGCCGGCGCGCGUAACGGCAUGUUCGUGCUCCUCAGGGCCUUUUCCUACGAUCUAGACUACAUCUGCAGGGGCCCCGUGCAGGGGUUCAAGGUGCUGCUGCACAACCCGGCGGAGGUUCCGCGCGUCAGCCUGCAGUACCUGCGCGCGCCGCUCAGCCAGGAGGUGGUGGUGGCCGUCAAGCCCAACAUGAUGACCACCAGCGACGGGCUGCGCUCUUACUCGCCGCACCGGCGCCAGUGCUACUUCCCGUACGAGCGCCACCUGCGCUACUUCAAGGUCUACACUCAGCAGAACUGCGAGCUCGAGUGCCUCACCAACUUCACACUCAGCCGCUGCUCCUGCGUGUCCUUCCACAUGCCACGUACCGAGGAAACGCCAAUAUGUGGCUCUGGCAGUACUCCAUGUGUGCAGAAAAGUGCUGACGAGCUGGUGGAACGCGAAGUGGUGAAGAACAUCGAGGCGACGAGCGGCGGCGCGGCGGCGCUGGGGCGCACCGACUGCGACUGCCUGCCCGCGUGCACUGUGCUCAACUUCGACGCGGAGACGUCGCAGGCGCACUUCGACUGGGCCAAUGUCUUCACCGCCUACGGCGAGAACUUCAGCGAGAUGCCAGGUGUUGAUAUGGCAAGAGUUUCAAUAUACUUCAAAGACAUGCAGUUCAUCACCAGUCGUCGCAGCGAACUUUAUGGGAUAACAGAUUUCAUAGCAAACUGCGGCGGUCUGCUGGGUCUGUUCAUGGGCUUCAGCCUUCUCAGUCUCGUCGAGCUCAUCUACUUCUUCACAAUAAGGAUUGGCUGCACCUUUGCAUCUAAGCGCAAUGCGGCCAAAGAAAUGUACUCCGUAUCUUAACACGACCCUUAACAUUUACGAAAUGGGUCUAUUUCACAAACUUCGCCCAAGCCCUAUAACAAUAUUACGUAACCACUGCAGUCUUGUCUUAUGUAAACAUAUGUUUCAGGCAGUUGCAGACCAUUAAAAACUUAAUACUAUGCACCUAAGCUGCACGCUUUCUUUUCUGUAUCUAUUUCUGACAAGGGGAGGUCACGACACUGGAUCAUAGAUUUACUUCAAACUUUGUACACUUUUAAUAGGUCAUUAAAACAAUAUAAUGUGCAAGUAAUAAGGUACACUAACCUGCCAAUUCCGAGAAAAUCUCAAGAGGAGUUUUACGCGUUUAUUAUGUAAGCGAUGUACCUGUGCGUAGGUGGCAGACGAUAGAGGCCAUGGUGGUCAAGUCAUUAGCGUUCAAGCUUCUUUCCUGGAACGUGUGUGAACCAACGGUUCAACACCCGCAACGACUUAAUUUUUAAUCUAUAUUCUUUUUCAUCACUUGUAAUAUUAUUUAAUUUGUGUGAUACUUGAGAUGUAACAUAAUUUUAAAAAAAACCGCAUGUAUUUGCUUGAAGUUUUAGUGAAUUUCAUGUUAUUU